CCAGCACAGUCAGGACAGAAGCACAGUUCAGCCCAUGACAGCCAGGACAGAAUGGAAACGUUGCUCCAACAGCUGACCCAAGGUAAUGUUCUGCUCCUCAUCGUUACUUUGGGACUUGGUGGAAGCUUUCAACUCGGCUACCAAGCAACUGGACUGAGUUCUCCCUCACCGUUCAUACAGCACUUCAUCAACAGCAGCUGGAGUGACAGAUAUGGAGAACCUCCACCUCCACAGACAGUCACAAUGAUCUGGUCCCUCAUUGUCUCCCUGUAUGCAGUUGGAGCAUUAUGUGGUGCUGUCAGUGUCAAAUUCAUCACAGGCACGCUGGGGAGAAAAAAGGCAAUGAUCUGCAGCAGCUUUGUCAACAUUGUUGCAGCAUCGAUCAUGCUGACGAGUAAAUUUGCCAGAUCUUUUGAGAUGAUUAUCGUGGCGAGGAUCUGCUAUGGUUUCUCUGCGGGUUUGAUAGCUAGCACCCACUCCAUGUAUCUGGGAGAGAUUUCACCCACAAAGUUGAGAGGUGUGGUGACACUGACCUACUCAACCUUCUUGUCACUUGGCAAACUGUCAGGGCAGUUAUUUGGACUAAGUGAGAUCCUGGGUCGUCAGGAGCUGUGGAACGUCCUCCUCUCUCUCCCCUCAGUUUUCUCUGUGGUCCAGGUCAUAGUUCUGCCUUUUCUUCCUGAAGCCCCCAGAUACGUAUUCAUAGAGAAAGGUGACGAGGAAGCCUGCAGAAAAGCUCUGCAGACUCUGUGGGGUAAAGGAGACUACAAACAGGAGAUGGAAGAGAUGCUGGCUGAGCAGGAGGCCAUUAAAAGAGCACUACCGAAAAACCCUCUGCAGCUGCUGAGGGACGGUACUGUCCGAUGGCAGCUUGUCACCAUACUCAUCAUCUACUUCUGCACCCAGAUGUCAGGCAUGUCUGCCAUCAAUGUCUUUUCUUUUGACAUCUUCUUGAAGGUGGGUAUACCAAAAGACAUGAUCCGCUAUGUCACCCUGGGUCUUGGGUUAACUGAAAUCAUCACCUACAUCUUCUGUGGCAUGCUGAUUGAGCGCACAGGGAGGAGGGUGUUGUUCUGGAUGGGUUAUGGCCUCAUGACAACCUGCUGGGUGCUUGCCACCGUCACACUCAAUCUGAAGGACUCCAGUGUUUGGGUCCCGUACAUAACUCCGGGUUUGAUCAUCCUCUUCAUCAUCUUCUUUGCUGGAGGACCAUCAGGAUCCACACCUGUGCUAAUCAACGAAAUCUUCAUCCAGUCUGAUCGGUUAGCUGCAUUUGUCCUGGCUGGGAUUCAGCGCUGGUUCCUGUUUGCUAUCCUAGGCCUCGUCUUCCCUUUUAUUAUUAAUGCUCUGGACACAUACUGCUUUGUGCUGUUUGCCGGUGUUUGCCUCUCCGGUUGUGUUUUUACCUUCUUAUUCCUGCCUGAGACCAAAGGAAAGACCCUGCUAGAGAUCAGCAAGGAGUUUGAAUCCAUCAAAGUAUGUGGGAAAUCUACCGAGGCGGAAAACCCUGAGACCAAGUUAUGA